AGUAGAUAAUCUGUAUUAAAGAAACAAUCCAAUCUAACAAAUAGAGUUUUAAAGUUGUGCUGCAGAACUGCAUUAACUUCCAGUUUUUGCUGAUUUGUUUCCUGAUUUUUUUAAGUUUUGGAAACCAGAUUUACCUUCCAGGUACUUUUUUUUUUAUGACUGUGUUUACGACACUUACCUGAGACACACUCUCAUCCACAACCUAAACUUGUAAGUUUGGUGUCAUGUCUGAUCCGGUGUGGGAAUUGUGACACCUUGUUUGCAUUUAAACGCGGGUGAGAAGCGACUGCAUAAAAAGGAUGCCUCCGGCUCAACAUCAAAGCACCGACAGCAAGGUUGCCGUUUGGAGCCUUGGACCACAAUCAGCAGCACAGCUUCAGCAUUCAUCAAAGACAUGGCUAUCAUCAUCAGAUUUCUUUUUUUCUUAACUCUGACCUCUACAGCGCUUUUGUUUCCUUAUAACACUCUACGAAAGGUGGAGUUUGAGUCAUCUGGCAGCGGCCCGAAUGAACCGGUUCAGGGAGUGAUUAAGGUGGUGCGGCUGGACCCAGGUAGCAUGAGUCCCUCAGAGUUCUUCAGAAGAGGACUACCCCAUAGACGAGCCCUUUCCCCUCGCUCCCGACUGCCUUUCCCUGACUUCCUGUCUCGUGGGCGGCCAGGUUUGGCCCCGGCGCCACGGGCCCCUGUAAGUCCGCUCCAUAAUCUGAGCCCACAGAGCACGUCGGAGAUGGAGCUGAAGAUGAAGAAGAAGCAAGGACUCCACAUGUGGCAGAAAGUUCUAGAUAAAGGAGACAAGACGACGCUGCCGGUUAACCUGAAGGAUCCCAAACAAAGCUGUGCUGCUGUGUCUUUCGUGCAGCAUGUGACGGCAGAUGGAUGCCAAACAGUCAGGGUGCACAACAAGCUGUGCUUCGGCCAGUGCAGCUCGCUUUUUGUCCCGCCCCAGAGCGAGGUCAUGGGGCCGGGUCCCGGGACCGCCCCCUGCUCCCGCUGCGCCCCUGUGGAAGCCCGCACCGUCACCGUUCCUCUGAGAUGUGGGGCCGAGGUCCGGGAGAAGCGAGUGAUGGUGGUAGAGGAGUGCAAGUGCGAGACGAGUCGGGAGCAAAGGGGAGCGGAGGCCGCCACACACCUCUAACUGGAUCUUUGCCGAAAUCACUUCUAAUAUCCAAAAAAUCUUUUUAAAACUAACAAAUGUUUAUUCAUUUGUGCGUAGCUUUAGAUUUUUUUACAGUCUGGACAUUUUCAGACCUCAGAAUGAACUCUGGUGGUUUAUCCCACCAC